GGAGCAGGCACAGCCAAUCGUAUCCCUUUGAACGGGAAGUGCGUGAUUCUUGAAUCCCGAGACUGAAUUUCCAGUUUCUGCCCUCUUCUGUGUUGUCCAGCCCUGUAGCAGAGAAAUGUGUUUGUUGUAAAUGAGUGACAGCAAAACACCCAAUGGCUCUUCUUUUUGUUCGGUGGUAUCGUUGAUCUGCCAAGGGCCUUGCAUAUUGAGAUCCGUUUUUGCUAGCUUUUCUUAUGUGUAUUGCAGAAUCUUAUUUGUUGUUAUAGUUUUAUACCCAACUUUGGCGGCAGCUGAAUUGAUUGCACGCGGAAGUCUUUUUACUGAGUGGUUAUAAUGGCUUCGGCAUGGGAGAAAUUGGAAUCGUAUCAUCGGUGGAUUUUUGAGAAUGGAGAUAAAAGGACAGAUCCAUGGCUGCUGGUGUAUUCUCCUGUGCCAGUUAUCUGCAUAUUUCUCUCAUAUCUCGGUGUGAUAUGGAUUGGACCCAAACUAAUGAAGCACAGAGAGCCAGUCGAUCUUAAAGUUGUGCUCAUUGUCUACAACUUUGCAAUGGUGCUUCUGUCCGUCUAUAUGUUUCACGAGUUUGUAAUGGCAUCCUGGUUAGCUAACUAUAGCUACCUCUGUCAACCAGUAGACUACAGCACCAGCCCACUGGCAAUGCGGAUGGCUAGUGCGGUCUGGUGGUUCUUCUUCUCCAAAGUUAUUGAGCUCAGUGACACGGUCUUUUUCAUCUUGAGAAAGAAGAACAACCAGCUAACCUUCCUACAUGUGUAUCACCAUAGCACUAUGAUCUUCAACUGGUGGGCAGGGGUGAAGUAUCUUGCUGGUGGUCAAUCUUUCUUCAUAGGUGUUCUGAACCCCUUUGUGCAUACUGUGAUGUACUCCUACUACGGCCUGGCAGCACUGGGGCCGCACAUGCAGAAGUACCUGUGGUGGAAGCGUUACCUCACAUCACUACAGCUGCUGCAGUUUGUCCUGUUAACCAUCCACACCGCCUACAACCUGUUUGCGGACUGUGACUUCCCAGACACCAUGAAUACCUUCGUGUUUGCUUACCUACUCAGUCUCAUUGCGCUCUUCAGCAACUUUUACUACCAGAGCUAUGUCAACAGGAAAAGCAAGAAGUUAUAAUGGACACAAAGUGAAUUGGACUCCAUACAAGAGGAACUGUGAAGCAGUUCACAGCAAUUACGAGGACAUUAUCAUGGUGCCUGAGCAGAAACCUGCUAAACUUGACUGGACUGGAUUUAAGUAUCUGCCUUACUGGAAAGAAAAUUGUGCUGAAAAAAAAGUGCAAAUCCGGACAUGUUUGCAAUCAUUCACGCUCUGACUAAUAACUCAACUGUUCUCAGUUUUGAGCAUAUCUGUAAGAAGGAUGCGUAGUUUUAAUUUGUACAUGCCAAUAAUAAUAAAUAUGUUUAACUGUAA